GGGCGUUUCGCGUUGUUCAUUGCUUCCGGCGACAGACUGCCGCUCGCGCGAGUCGUCAAGACCGCCGAGGACGACAUCAACACUCCUCCACCACAUCACACUACGACAGCGAAAGAAAUGGUCUUCAAGGAAAUCCCGAUCCUAGACCUGUCUGAGGCCAGGGAUGAGCACACCAAGCCCGUGUUCCUCAGACAGCUCCGCGAUGCCCUACUCAAUGUCGGCUUUCUUUAUGUCAAGAAUACUGGGAUCGAUCAAGAAACACUAGACCGAGUAUGCGAGCAAGGCAUCAAGUUCUUCGAACUGCCGGAAGAUGACAAGCUUGCUAUUGAAAUGAAGAACGAGCCAAGCUUCUUGGGAUACUCCCGUCUCGGAAACGAAAUCACAGCGUCCAAGGCAGACUGGCGAGAGCAGCUCGACUUGGGGACUCCUCAUGCUCUGCGUACCGAGCAAGAUCCCUUGUACUACAAUCUCUUUGGUCCCAAUCAAUGGCCAAACGAGAAAGCCUUGCCGGACUUCAAACCAGUGUUCGAAGAUUACAUGCGACGCAUGAGUGAUAUUUCCAUCUUCUUCACAUCCCUAAUAGCUGAAGCUAUCGAACUGCCCGCCAAUGCGUUCGAUAAUUUCUUCGAUAAAGGCCAGCAACACAAGCUGAAGGUAGUCAAGUAUCCCGAUAAUGGCAGUGGCGUUGGACAGGGGGUCGGACCGCACAAAGAUUCUAUGUUGACCUCGUAUCUCCUUCAAGCUUCGAAUCACAAAGGUCUACAGGCACAGAAUACACAAGGUGAAUGGAUCGACUGUCCACCCAUCAAAGGUACUCUAGUUGUCGCAAUUGGCCAAGGACUCGAAGCAUUGACGGGAGGCGUAUGCGCAAGCACGACCCAUAGAGUGCUCUCACCCGCCGCAGGAUCUGGUGCGCGAUUUUCCAUUCCCUUCUUUCAAGGAGUAUCCUACGACGCGAAGUUUGAAUCAAUGAACGUUCCCGAUCACGUACGAGCCCUACGCAGAGAGAUUCUAUCAGAGCAAAAUGGCAGACGAGAUGAUGUGGAGUUCACAUUCGUAAAAGGAAGGUGGAACCAUUUGGGAGAAGCGACUCUCAUGAACCGAAUCAAGUCGCAUCAGGAUGUGGGUGAGAAGUGGUACCCGGAACUGUUGCGUCAGCAGCAGCAGCAGCAGCAUGAUCAAGGUGCCAAACCAGACGAAGCUGCCGAUAACAAGGAGAAGGAGCGGCAGCUCGCUACCGUACCAGAAAACGCAAACGUACCAGUACCAGGACCAAAAAGCGGCACACGUGCGAUCGAAGCGCAUUGAUGAUGGGGGAAACCUACACUUUGACCAAUUGAAGCCUUUUCAUCAAUGACGCCAACGAAUCCGAGAAUCUAGAAUUUUGG